AUGAAGGGUCUCGCUCUCCUCGCUGGUCUGUUGGCCGGUUCGGCCUCUGCCCACAUGCAGAUGUCCAAGCCCUAUCCCAUUCGUAGUCCUCUCAACAAGGACUCGGACGGCAAGAAGGACUACUCCUACACCAACCCGCUGCAGACCUCUGGCAGUGACUACCCGUGCAAGGGCUACGCCAAGGAUGACUUUGAAUCCCAGGCUACCUACAAGCAGGGCCAGAAGUACACCAUGGAGCUCGAGGGCAGUGCUACUCACGAUGGCGGAUCUUGCCAGCUUGCCCUGACCUACGAUCAGGGUGAGACUUUCAAGGUCAUCGAGUCAAUUCUGGGUGAUUGCCCUAUUGCCAAAAAGUACGACUUCACCAUCCCCUCUGAUGCCCCCGACGGCGAGGCGCUGCUAGCCUGGACCUGGUUCAACAAGGUCGGCAACCGCGAGAUGUACAUGAACUGUGCCUUCGUCACGGUUGGAGGUGGCUCUAAGGGCAAGGAGGUUCCUGCUCAGAACGGUGACAAGCACACCAUCCAGCAAGCCAAUCAUCCCAACCACCCAAACCACCCUCCCAUGAAGCAGGCUGAGUCCCCUGUGGUUGACAAGAUGCCCCACGAGGAGAUGCACAAGGAGAUGCACCAUGAGGAGAAGCCCAAAGAGAUGGUCCACGAACACGCUCAGCGUGACGUGUACGGUGCCAUGAAGACUGGCACUUUCAGCAGCCUUCCCGAGCUCUUCGUUGCCAACGUCGGUCAGGCCGGCAAGUGCGUCACCAUUGAGGGCGAGGCCGUGAACUUCCCCAUGCCCGGAGAUAACGUUGAGGGCAAGGCCAGCGGCAAGGGCUACAAGUGCGAGAGCAAGGCGCCUUUCCUCACCAGUGAUUCCAGCUCCUCCGAUUCCUCAAGCUCAAAGGACAGUGACUCGAAGAGCACUGCCUCGAAGGAUACUGCCUCGAAGGACAGCGACUCGAAGAGCACUGCCUCGAAGGAUACUGCCUCGAAGGACACUGACUCCAAGACCGACUCGAAGACCGACUCGAAGAAAACCAACUCUACCCGCAGCACCACCACUACCGAGACUACCUCUCAGUCCAUGUCUAAGAUCGCUUCUGCCUUCGGUACCCCCUCUGCCGACCCUCGCGUCCUGUCUGGACAGUCCAGCGAGGUGAAGGAGGCCUCUACCAACAACGCUUUCGGUUCUUACGUUGGUGGCUGGAAAUGCACUUCUGGCGAGAUCCUCUGCGCUCCCGAUGGACAGAGCUGGGCCAUGUGCUCCAACAGCCAGCCCAUCUACAUGGGUCUUGUUGCUGCUGGCACCGUCUGCCGCUUUGGCUCCAUUGUUCGAGCUCAGGGCUGGUAA